GAUUACAGCAAUACAUACAUACAAUCGCAACGUUGAGGUUCGGCGACUAUCCCUCCCUUCGCAGCAAUGAUGGAGUUUAUUACUCGAGGCUUCAAGGGCUCUGCAGUUAAAUACUCUCCCUUUUUCGACAAUCGAAUCUGUGUGACUGCUUCUGCCAAUUAUGGGUUGGUAGGAAAUGGGAGACUUUAUAGCUUGAUGUUGACUCCGCAAGGUAUUCAAGUACAGAAAACCUUCGAUACCCAAGAUUCUAUUUACGAUUUGUCAUGGUCCGAAUCAAACGAAAAUCAAGUCGCUGUCGCAUGUGGUGAUGGAAGCGUCAAAUUAUUCGAUACCGCGAUUCCUGAACCAUUUCCCGUCGCAAACUUUCAUGAGCAUGGGCGCGAAGUCUUUGCUGUUCAUUGGAACUUGGUCUCAAAAGACACAUUUGUUUCAAGCUCUUGGGAUGGUACAAUUAAACUGUGGAACCCAAACCGCGCAAGUUCGAUUCUUACAUUACCCACUCAUUCUUGCACAUAUAGUGCAGCUUUCUCUCCCCAUUCACCCUCCGUCAUAUCAUCUGUCUCCGCAGAUUCGCAUUUAAGAAUAUUCGACCUUCGUACUCCUUCCUCGGCUUCCAAUCAUUUAGUCUCACUUAUUCCAAUCCAUGGUUCCUUACCAACUGCAGGCUCCGUGGGGGCAAUCGGAAGUAAUCGUCAAGUUUCAGCUCCAAACGAAGUUCUUACCCAUGAUUGGAAUAAAUAUCGUGACGGAGUUAUUGCAACGGGUGGUGUCGAUCGAGCGAUUCGGACUUUCGAUCUACGCAAUGCGGGUGGUGGACCUGUCGCCGUUUUAGAAGGACAUGAAUAUGCUGUUCGAAAAUUGGUCUGGAGUCCUCAUCUCAGCGAUACACUCUUGAGUGCCAGUUAUGACAUGUCUUGUCGCAUAUGGACUGAUGGUACAAUGAAUGCCACCAUCCCUCGGCAAAUCGGUCGCAUGGAUGCCCAUACCGAAUUUGUACACGGUGUUGAUUGGUGUCUCUUUGGGGAAGGUUGGUGCGUCAGCACUGCUUGGGAUGAAAGAUUACUGGUCUGGGAUGUUCGUUCUGUUAUGACGGCAUAAUUCUUGACAAAAUCCUCAUUCCUUUGCCUCUUCAGCGACUUCUUUUCUUCUAGUGAAGUUUAAUGAGAAUUUUCCUUCUUUCUGCAUACUUUGGGAAAUCAAAUGACCCUGGGAGCGAUAUUGAUACCACAUGAAUGGCGUUUUACCUGUAGGUGUCAAGGAUAUGAAAAUGAAAUUUUUAUAGAAUCUUGUGUAUAGAAUCUAUGCGUGGAUGUUGCGGACUGUAUAUAAGAAAUCUUGGGUAUUGGGUUUCGGAGUGCUAGGAAAUUAAGAGGAGAAUGUAUCGCGCAUAGAUAGAUAUAUAUAUAUAUAUAUAUAUAUACACUCUUCCUACCUUGUGGGAAGGGUUCAAAGCGAUGAAAUAUUAUAGAUUAAUAUAAUUAGUUAAAUCAUCUACACA